GAAAUCGCGCAUCGAACGAGCUCGGAGCAGUGAAAUCGUAAACAUUUCACCAGGCUGUUAUAAAAUCAACGCGAUCCGCCGAGUGUUCAUAGUUUUCUAAUUGUUCUGGUUCUGUACAGGUUUUGAAUUGAAAUCCUGUAAAGUUACGCUCUCGUUUAGGAUGCUGCAGUAGGAAGAGUUUCUAGAUGAUAGUGAAAGUUGGUUCAAGGGAAAAUUUCUAUCCGGACAGCAAGCCCAAGUAUUACGAAAUACAAUGUCGCUCGUAAUCAAUUUCUCGCGUGUGACGCUGGCUGGGCUAGCAUUGAGGUCGCCUGCAAACAGGUUUUCGUCUCAUCUUCGGUUAAACAACAAUGUUCAACUCAGGAAUUUGGUUGUUUGCUCCAGUGGGUUUCACAACGCGAAUGGGCAUCGGAGGAGAAUCGAUGAGUUUCCGGUGCUACAGCAGCAACAGCAGUAUCAGUAUCAAAGUUUGAGGUACUUCUUCAGGGAUGAAGCACAAAAAGCGCAGCAGAUACCGGACAAGAAGCCACCCGCCCAAGAUGAUGAUAGUAAAGUAUCACCCAUCGAAGGCAGUGGUAGCAUGCAACAAGAGGAACCGGCCAAGCUUGGCCUAUUUGCACGCUUCAAGAAAAUGUAUAAGGAGUACUGGUACGUGCUGGUUCCGGUCCAUUGCGUGACGUCGGUGUUCUGGUUCGGCGGCUUCUACUAUGCGUCGAAGAGCGGCGUAGAUGUUAUUGCACUGCUCGAAUCGAUGGGAGUCUCGCAGAAGCUUAUCGAUCCGGUGCGGGAUUCCAGCCUGGGGCACAUUGCGGUCGCCUAUCUGCUGUACAAGAUAGCAACACCCGCGCGGUACACCGUGACGUUGGGUGGUACCACCCUAUCUAUCAAAUACCUCGUCCUUUGGGGGUACAUCAAGCCAAUCCCCACCAAGGCGCAGCUGGUGCAGAUGUACAAGGACAAAAAGGAAGAUCUGCAGGAACGGUACGCAGAAAAGAAGCAGGACAUCCAGGACCGCAAACAGCAGCUAGCCGAUGCGGGCAAAAAGAACCUCGAGGACACGAUGAAGACACUGAAAACGAAGAAAGGCGUUGCCGAACAAAAGUAGUACAAACUCCACGGGAGGAGGGAUUGUGUUCGUUCUUGUUUACCCUCCUGUCUUGUUGUUGUGUUGUAAUUUUUGUAAAAGUCGAAUAGGAAAAAGUGCUAUUACUUCGUACCAUUACUUCGAGAAUUGUU